UGUGCAGCCUGCCAUCAAAGGACCCGCAGAGCUCACCGAAGAACAGGAGGAGGAGAAGGAUGAUAAUGGCAACAAAAAAGGGGCUCUUCCUGACAAUCGCCUUCUCUCCAGAGAGAGGCAUGCUCCACCCAAAAAGACUUCUAUCCAUAAGGAGGAAGACAAGAUGCACAAAACCAGGGGAAAAGGGCUUCCUGACAGUCCACCACCACCAAUCCAGUGGAGCUCAGUGAAGAAAGUGGAAGCCAAAAAGAAAGAAAUCCCUCAUGCUGGACCAAAACUUGUAAACUUUAUUGCUGAAGCUAUUAAGACAAAAGAGCAGAAACCCACUGUUUCUUGGGGCACCACGCAAAUCCCUUCUGCCAGCAUGAGGAGGAAGGUGACCAGCCCAGAUCUCAUAGAGGGAAUGAUGGGGAACUGGAAAGAGGAUGGCGAAUCAUCCUCAGAGAAGGAGGGUGACAACUCGCUGGAGAUACCCCCAAAAAGGCCAAUUUCCCCAGGGACAAGCCAGGCCCUGCUCGAGAUAGUGACGUGCAUCCUGGGACAGGUUGACCGAAGUCGGAGGGGACACAGGCAUGAAGAGAGGGAUCGGGAAGAUAAGCUGCAGUGUGAGCUGGCUGUUUUGAAGUGGAGAAUGUGCAGGAAAAAGAAAAGCCAAGGCAAUGACACUCCUGUGGCUGGACCCCAACCUGCACAAACUAUUUGUGACAGUCCUGAGAGAGCAGGACAGGAAUUCUACUCUCUCCCUGUGAGGAAAGAUCAAAGUAAACACUGGGAAGCCUUACGUAAGAAGUACCUGAAGACAGCAAGGACAAGGUCGCCUUCAUCAACAGCAAGAAGGGAAAGGGAACAUCUGUGGAAGGCCCAGAAACCCACUGUUUCUUGGGGCACCACGCAAAUCCCUUCUGCCAGCAUGAGGAGGAAGGUGACCAGCCCAGAUCUCAUAGAGGGAAUGAUGGGGAACUGGAAAGAGGAUGGCGAAUCAUCCUCAGAGAAGGAGGGUGACAACUCACUGGAGAUACCCCCAAAAAGGCACAUUUCUCCUAGGAAAACGCAGGCAUUGCUCGCAGCAGUGACAUCUCUGGUGGAGAAGGUCACGCAGGGACAGACAAGAGAGAUCAGUAGACAGAGGGAUCAUGAAGAGGAGGCUCAAGGCUAGAGAGCCAGUCCAGCACAAUGUGAACCAGCAACUGCCAGCUGUGCUGCCAAAGCGUUCUUGUGUUGAAUAAAACCAAAUCUCC